CUUUACCAAUCUUUCUCAAACGGCAUCAAAAUAUAUUACUCAAUUAUAUUGGUUGAAUUAUAAUAUUGUAACCUAUAAGUAAUAAUACAUGUUCAUGAAAGAAAGAACGAAUUAUUGAGAAUUGCUAUUAUGCAAGUUAAAACAUGGCUGGUAACUAUAAGAAUUUUAUGAAAUUAUUAGAAUCUUGGCCAUUAGAUAAAUCAAAACCUGGCAGAGAUUUAAGUCAACAUAUUCGUGAUCAAGUGAAACUUAUCUUCUCAAAAGGUGAUAUUACUACUCCAAUAGAUCAAGAACAGUGUAACCGAUAUUACGCAAGUUUGAAAAGGAUAAGUUCAAAUCAUUAUGGACAAAUGUAUAAACGUAGUCUUACAAGUACUGCAAGUGGCUUAACAGUAGAGCAAUGUAAUAUUGCACUAAGUCCAGAGAUGAAAGAAUAUUUGGAAGAAGAAAAUAAAUUUUUUGUUAAGAGGCUUAUAAACAAAAUACAAAAUAUACAUAUUUUAGUCAACAACAAGAUAUACAGGAACAAGAUGUAAUUAAAAAUAAUAAUAUACAUGUACCUGCAAUGAUCAAAGAAGUUUUACUAUAUUUACAACCAUCUCCAGGUAAAAUAUAUGUAGAUAUGACUUUUGGUGCUGGAGGACAUACUACUCAAAUUUU